AUGUAUCAGAUUGGCAACAUCUACGGGAUUACCGCUCUUGCGGUCGUCGGUGGAGGGUUGUUUGGUUUUGAUAUUAGUUCUAUGAGCGCUAUCCUGCCAACUCAGCAAUAUCGAUGCUACUUCAACCAAGGACCCAAUGGCCCGCCAUACACACAAAACGAGUUAUGCUCUGGUCCCUCAGCUAACGUACAAGGUGGAAUCACAGCUGCCAUGCCUGGUGGCUCCUUUCUUGGUUCUCUGGCAUCCGGAUACUUGACUGACAAGUUGGGUCGCAAACGAGCUAUUCAGAUCGGGUGUUUGAUCUGGGUGAUCGGUUCUAUCAUCUCCUGUGCCUCGCAAAACAUUGGCAUGCUCAUUGCUGGCCGCUUCAUCAACGGUGUCUCCGUCGGUAUCUGCUCUGCUCAAGUCCCUGUAUACGUCACAGAGCUGGCCCCUCCAUCGAAGCGUGGUCGUGUUGUCGGUUCCCAACAGUGGGCUAUCACUUGGGGUAUUUUGAUUAUGUAUUACAUCUCUUACGGCUGCAGCUUCAUGGACGGCGCAAAGGCCUUCCGCGUUCCAUGGGCUCUGCAGAUGCUCCCAGCAAUCUUCCUCUUUUUCGCACUUUUCCUCCUACCUGAGUCGCCCCGAUGGCUCGCCCGCCACGACCGCUGGGAGGAAGCCCACGCCGUUCUGACACUUGUCCACGGCAAAGGCGAUGCCAACAGUCCUUUUGUUGCUCUGGAGAUGGCCGAGAUCAAGCAGAUGAUCGAAUUCGAGAGGCUCAAUGCCGAUGUGUCUGUCACAGAACUCUUCAAGCCUGCCAUGCUCAACCGCCUUCACAUCGGCAUAUUCACACAGAUCUGGUCGCAGCUGACUGGCAUGAACGUGAUGAUGUACUAUAUUACCUACGUCUUCGGUAUGGCUGGUCUCAACGGCAAUAUCAAUUUGAUCGCUUCGAGUAUUCAAUACGUGAUCAACGUGAUCAUGACAAUCCCCGCACUCAUCUACAUGGAUCGCUGGGGUCGCCGGCCCAUGUUUGUCAGCGGCGGUAUUCUGAUGGCGAUAUGGAUGUUCGCGAACGCUGGUCUGAUGGCCACCUACGGCCAUGCCGCUCCCCCAGGAGGUGUGAACAACAUUGCAGAGGAAUCGUGGGAGAUCAGUGGUCGUCCCGCCUACGCCGUCAUCGCCUGCACAUACCUCUUUGUCGCCAGCUACGCCCCCACCUGGGGACCAGCAUCAUGGGUGUACCCUCCCGAGCUCUUCCCUCUCCGUGUCCGUGGAAAGGCCGUCGCACUCACAACAUCGUCGAACUGGAUCUUCAACUUCGCGCUGUCGUACUUCGUGCCCCCGGCGUUUGUCAGCAUCAAGUGGAAGGUGUACAUCAUCUUCGGUGUGUUCUGCACGGCCAUGGCAAUUCACACGUUCUUCUGCUUCCCUGAGACGGCCGGAAAGACGCUCGAGGAUAUCGAGGAGAUGUUCUUGGCUGGCGUGCCGGCGUGGAAGACAAAGACGGACUUUAGCAACUCGCGCCGUGCUGAGAGGGGCUUGGUCGAUUCGGAGAAGGGCAUGGCGUAUAAUGCUGAAAAGGUGGAGAACACGGACGUGCCUACGGCUGCAUGA